AUGGCCGCCGUCAUCGAGCUCGAGCGGCUGCAGCGCGUCCUGGAGCUGCAGUGCUCCUGCUGCCUGCAGCUCUUCGCGGAGCCCGUGCGGCUCACGGGCUGCGGCCACAGCUUCUGCCGGGGCUGCAUCCUCCGCUACUGCGGGGGCCGGCCCCGCGCCCCGUGCCCGCUCUGCCGCCGCCCCUUCGAGCCCCGGCACCUGCGGCCCAACCGCGAGCUGGCCGCGCUGCUCAGCCUCAUCCCGCGGGAGCUGAAGGAAAAGUUGGAAGCGCAGGAGGAGCCGGAACCCUGUGGAGCUGCUGCCUGCAACCACCUGAGCACGGCGGGCCGGGGACCUGGCGAGAAGGAGGAAGAGAUAUGGGAGAGCUCCAAGCAACAAGAAAUAACUGCAGAGACCCUCCACCUGUUGAAGAAAGAUCUCAAUAAAACAAAGGAAUAUACAUCUCAGAUCAAAAGCCAGAUUACUGAAUAUUUCUGUUGCAUGAAGGAAUAUGUUGAAAGACAAGAGAGAAACACACUGAUGUUCAUUGAACAAGAGCAAAAAGCUGCUCAACAGAAAAUUGAAGAGACUAUUCAGCAGCUCACAGACAUCAAAGCCCAAACUAGUGACUUAUCUGAGAGGCAGAGGAAUGAAGGCUCACCUUCAACCAUUAAUAAAAUUACACUUGAUGAGAAGCUUAAUGUUAUCAAAAGUGGUGUAGAAGAUCUUAAGAGAAAGUUGGAAAUUUUAUUCUUGAAGAAUUAUGCUCAGCAACUCCCACCAGUGCAACCUCCAGACUCAUAUGAGGAGCCAAGUGUCUGCUCAUCAUCUCCAGAGUCUGCAGCUGAAAGUCCUGAACCAAACAUUUCCAGCCAGUUUUCUCAGUGGGCAGAGGAUGUGACUUUUGACCCCACAAGAGUACACGAGCGCUUGGCACUCACAGCCCAGAACAGGAGAGUGGUGGUUUCCAGCUACCUGACCACUUACCAACCAUCACCCAAAAGAUUCUGCAUCAGCCAGGUGAUGUGUUCACAGGGCUUCUCUACUGGGUGCCACUACUGGGAAGUAAUUACCAAGGACAGUGAUGGAUGGGCUGUCGGAGUUGCUCAUGAAAUGAUUGGUAAGAGGGAGAAAUUGGGAAGAACUGAGCAUUCCUGGUGUAUAGAAUGGCUGGGUCCUAAAAAACAGUUGUCAGCAUGGCAUAAGAAUCAAGAAACAUUAUUACACAAGGACAAACCACUGAAGGUUGGAGUUUUCCUGGAGCUACAAAAGAAGACUGUGUCAUUUUACUCCAUUGCUGACAAAGAAAUGCUUUUGCACACCUUUGAAAUCACUACCUCAUAUCCUCUCUACCCUGCCUUCUGGCUGUACACUUUAGAAAGAAAUGGAUCUUUAACUAUAAGUCAGCCAAACGGGAGAUAA